AGACGAUGGUUGAGGAGAGGAGUCGAGCCGUCAUGGCCGUGAUGCUCCUCCUAGUCUUGACUUGGUCCGGUGGCGACGGGUCGGUGGGUUUGGAAUGCAGCCCGCCCACAACGGAGACGCUCAGCGCGGUGCGUUUACUGCCGGCUGUGGUGGACUCCCAGAGGGCGGAGCAGAGUCAGAGACAACACCUGGAGGCUUUGUUCAACAGGUACGGAGAGAACGGCACCAUCUCUCUGGCCGGUCUGAAGCGCCUCUUACAGAACGUGGGUUUGAAUCGCAUCAGGGCGGUGAGGGUGCAGCACCACGAGCAAGCAGGCCAUCAUCAUCACAAUCACCACCAUCAUCACAAUCACCACAACGGCCACCAUAACCACCGUCCGCAUAAUGACAGUCACGAUGCGAGUGACAGGAAGCCAGCGGCGCAGGAGGGCGGCUCCACGGCGCCGUACAGCGCCCAGCUGGUGGCGAGAGCAGACGGUAAUAAAAGACAAAGGGGACAGACGGCCACGCAGACCGCUGCUGGACUGCUCUCUGCAAACCGGACAGAGUCAGCCGCAGUCAGCGAGGGGGGCCACCUGAACCACGAGCACGAGCGUGUACACCGAGGGCUUCCCGGCAACCGGAGCGAGGACCGAGUGGAGUGUCUGAACGCCUCCAGCAUCCUCUCCUCACAUGGGAUGUCUGUGGAGGGGAGCAUGACCCUCAGCGACUUCAGCAUCCUCUGCCCAGCCCUCCUCAACCAGAUUGACAGCGACGCGUGCAUCCUGGACGGAGAUGCCGCACAACACGGGGAGAGAGAUCAUAAGCAUGCUCACGGUCACCACGACCACGACAACUUGGACCACGACUUCAGCGAGCGCUCCGGUGGAGAAAGCAGCAAAAGCAUCAUGACAGCGUGGGUCGGAGGCUUCAUCUCCAUCACCAUCAUCAGCCUGCUGUCGCUGCUCGGCGUCGUGCUCAUCCCGCUCAUGAACAGAGUUUUCUUCAAGUUCCUCCUCAGCUUCCUGGUGGCGCUGGCUGUCGGCACGCUCAGCGGAGACGCCUUCCUUCAUCUCAUCCCCCACUCUCUUUCCUUCGCCCACCAUCACCACCACGAGAAUCCUGGGAUGAAUUUCUCGGAGGGACAUCAAGCGCACCAGGAGCAGGAGGAGAACCUGGACCCUGUGUGGAAGGGUCUGACAGCUCUGAGCGGAGUCUACAUCAUGUUUCUGAUCGAACACUUCCUGACGCUGGCAAAGAUGUAUAAAGACAAGAAACAAAAGGUCCAAAAGAAGUGGGAUCAGAACGACAAAGCAGAUCCGGAGAAGCAGCCUGCUCUGGAGGAGAACGACCUGAAACCAGCUGAAGAUGUGGAGACGAAUGGCGCAGGUUUGUUCGGCGACCACUCAAACAACCUGCAUGGAAGCAGCGUGGCCGAGGAGGAGCAGGUGAUGCUGGCGCCGCAGGUGUCCGUGUUGCCAUCUGGUGCCGCCGCCUACACCGCCGAGGACUGUGAGAACAAAUGUCACUCGCACUUUCACGACACGGUUGGCCAGGCGGACAGCAUGCACCACCACCACCACGACUACCACCACAUCCUGCACCACCACCACUCCCAGAACCACCACCCGCACAGCCACUCCCACUCCUACUCGGAGCAGCACUUCCAGGAGGCCGGCGUGGCAACGCUCGCCUGGAUGGUGAUCAUGGGAGAUGGACUGCACAACUUCAGCGAUGGGCUGGCUAUCGGUGCUGCCUUCACCGAGGGUCUGUCCAGCGGUCUCAGCACGUCUGUGGCUGUUUUCUGCCACGAGCUGCCUCACGAGUUAGGUGACUUUGCGGUUCUCCUCAAGGCCGGUAUGACUGUGCGUCAGGCCAUCCUCUACAACGUGUUGUCGGCCAUGAUGGCCUACCUGGGGAUGGUGACGGGGAUCCUGAUCGGACACUACGCAGAUAACAUCUCCAUGUGGAUAUUCGCCCUGACAGCCGGGCUCUUCAUGUACGUGGCUCUGGUGGACAUGGUGCCGGAGAUGUUGCACAACGACGCCGGGGACCACGGCUUCAGCCACUGCGGCUUCUUCCUGCUGCAGAACGCCGGCAUCCUGCUGGGCUUCUGCAUCAUGCUGCUAAUCGCCCUUUUUGAGCACAAAAUCCAGCUGGACCUGGGCUACUGAAGGACAGUUCAGUCUGUGAGCUGCGUGCGCGUUUCAGCGUCAGAGGUGUGGUGUGUUGUUUGUUUUCUUUAGGUGUUGUCGCUCCGCUCACCUCGACUUAGUUUGUAUUCUCGCAAAAAACAGAAGCAUCAGUUCCACUACCGACAUCUCUCUGUCGUCGUAGCUGAAGGAGGAAAAGCUCCCAACCCCCCGAGCUGCUGACGCUCCAGUUCAUCAUGCUGCUUGAGCUGUAGUAAGAAGAAAAGUUUUAGUUUUUUAGUUAGACAAUUCCUCCCAUUUCUGACAAACUCCUGAGCCUUAAGACGGCCGACAAAAACACAGAAAUCCUCGUUGUAACAUCUCUUCACUCACAAAUGCUCCUCACAGUCUAAACAAGAAACACACUGCGAUGUCGUGUUUGCCUUCACGUUGAUUCAGUUUUUAAGUCUGAUUCAGGCGUUUACUUCGACAGCAUCAGAAGUGUUGGAGGCGUUUCUGCUGCAGAGUUAAAAGCAUGUCAGUAUUUCAUCAACUUAAAAAAAUAUCGGCCGAUAUCAGCAUAUCAAGUAUCUGUAUCGGCUCAUUUAUCUCCGAUAUGCGCCGAUGUUAGGAGAUUUAUUCACCAAUCAAACAGCAUUUCCUUUGAGUUUCAUUGUAUUACACUGGCAGUUCUCUUUCACCAGCAGGGGGUGCUAUACAGAUUACAUCAAGCAUCAUCACUGUGCAGUGUCGUGCUGUGAUAGAGGGCUAUGGGAUUUUUGUGGCCAAUAUAGACAUCGAUAUUGGCGAGAGAAAAAAUCUCAUCAGCCGAUAUCUUUCUUAGAUCUGUGUUUGAUCUGUAGAGUUAUAUUGAUUUAUUGUGUUGAUCCCUCAGUUAACAAACUCUUGUUGAAAAGAUUUAUAAUGAAGACGAGAUGGUCACUCUGCUGGAAAAUAACUGAGCAUGUACGUGCAUCACCGCUCCACACUCUGCAGAGUGAUGAUGCUUGUUGUAAUCCAUAUAGCGCCCUC